GAGGGAGUGAGUUGUUCCCAGGACGUGCACGCGUACACGUUCUCGCCAGUUAGCAAGUUGUUGGAGUCACAUUCACGCUUCUUCGAAGACUGUCGACCAAACUCGGUUAUUUGAAACAAAGUAAAAUCGCUACCAUGGCAAAGGGAUGCAUCACCGUCACCAAGUACUUUCUCUUCCUGUUCAAUCUCAUUUUCUUUGUCUUUGGAGCGUUGAUCAUGGGCUUUGGACUAUGGGUUCUAUUUGAUAAUCAGAGUUUCAUCGCUGUUCUACAGGAAUCGUCAGACACGGUAAAAGUGGCUUCCUACAUCUUCAUCGGAGUGGGGUCCUUGUCAAUGGCCAUGGGCUUCUUCGGCUGCAUUGGGGCCAUCUAUGAAAUUCGUUGUCUUCUUGGUCUGUACUUCACCUGUCUGCUGCUCAUCCUUAUCGCCCAAGUGACCGCUGGAGUUCUCAUCUACUUCCAAAGAGAUCGGUUGAAACAUGAAAUGUCCAACAUCAUCCAAGGCAUGAUCGUCCACUACACUGGCCAGAACAAAACCACAGAGCACACUUGGGACUACAUCCAGAGGACGAUGAAGUGCUGUGGGUGGACGGGGCCUGGCAACUGGUCUGACAAUCUGCUGCUCAAGAACAGCUCCCAGCAUCUCUAUUCGUGUUCCUGUCGUAACGAGUCCUUGCCCGGCACUGACAUCAAGGUGGAGGGCCUGUGCGAGCACCUGUCCUCUGAUCUUCCCGUCUACCAAACGGGGUGCAUGACCAAUGUGGAGAAAUGGCUUCUGGAGAACUGCGGCGUUAUUCUGGGAAUCUGUGUCGGAGUGGCAGUCGUGGAGCUUCUUGGGAUGAUCCUCUCCAUGUGUUUGUGCAAGAGUGUUGUCCAGGAAGAUUACACCAAAGUACCCAAGUACUGAAGUGCCACUCACACAUACGAACAUGUGUACGUCCCUCUCUCGCUUCCUAUCUCAUGUUCCUAUGCGCGCGCGCACACACACACACACACACACACACACACACACGAAGGCAGAAGUCUCCCGCAUUCGAGCUUCUCCUGCCUUCUUGACAGAUUUCUCACAUCCUCAAACACGAUCAAGAUUGACACACUUGUUUGCUAUCGUUCACAAGUUGCCAUUGUUGUCUUAUUAUAAUAAUAAUAAUAAUUGUUAUGAUUAUGUAUUUUAAAGGAGACUGUGAGACUGUUUCUUAUUUUCGGGGGUGGAAGGUUAUCCAUUUGAAAGGAUGCAAAUACUCAAGUACGAUUUUUUUUUUUAAUGUUUUCUUUGGUGUUUCCUUCUGUUGACCUCAAUGAAGCGCUUAAAAGACUAAAAGAAAGUGAGAGAAAGAGCACUUUGUUUAGAUUUGAUGGAGUCGAGACGCCGGAGACAUUCCUCACCUCUGAGUACCGAGAUGAGAGAGAGUGAGUGGGCGUGUGUGGAUAUUAAUGCCGUUCAGAUCCUGCAGCUUCUACUCCCGCCGCCACUGGGUGGAGGAGGAAAAAAAAAGCCUGAGGCAGGGCCGCUGCGGUGGAGGUCUUCGCUUCGAAUUCCGCCAAUUCCUUGUACCCCUGCGCCUCUCCUGUUUAAUCCCACCAGCCUCCUCCACCCUUGCUCAUGCUCGGCAUCAUAGAAUCGGCAUUCCUCUCGAGUGUGUCUGACUGGUAAUCGGGAGUUGUAUUUAUGAGUUUUUUUAAGGGAAGCUUUCCCUGUGUUUUUCAUGGAAAAAGUGAUUGAACUGACAGUGGAGUCUUGACCUUCCCCUGCUUGGUUUUUCUGAGCAGUUGCUUUUUUAGGUUUUUGUGUGUAUUUUCUGCAACCGCCCAUUUCACAGGUAGACGACUCUUGUUUAACACGUAGCGUACAUGUAUUUAUCAUCAUUUUCUUGUUUUGCUGUUUGUUUCAACAAAGGUAUUGCUGUUUUCUAAAUGUUGCUGGUCUCUUAUGUUGAUGCAUUUCAAAUAUGUUAUUGCUUCAUCUGCCAAAUUGUAACAUUAAUUUAACUUAAAUGAGAUGGCUUUUGACUGUUUUCAAUUUUUUUUACACUUUGGAAAAAAAAAGCAACAGUAUUUCCCAAAAAAAAUGUAUGUGGAUUCUUAAAACAAGUGUAAUUUUUUUUUUCUAUUUUUGUUACGACGGAAAACUGCAAUUAAAGGGGAAUCCACGAUUGUG